AUGUUCUCCCGAAGCCUGAGGUCAACAAUAACCCCACCUUGCUCGUCCUUCGCUUCUCGUCCCCUCUUCUCCAUCCCCAAUUGCAACUCCCCUUCUUUCCUCUCUCUUCGUUCUUUCCAUCAAACAUCCGCAGCCAUGUCCGGAAACACCAAGGCCUAUUUCGACAUUGAGUACGCCCCCGUGGGCUCCAGCGCCCCCAAGGUGGGCCGCGUUACCUUCAACCUCUUCGAGAAGGACGUCCCCAAGACCGCUCGCAACUUCCGUGAGCUCUGCAAGGCUCCUGAGGGUCAGGGUUACAAGGGCUCUACCUUCCACCGCAUCAUCCCCCAGUUCAUGCUCCAGGGUGGUGACUUCACCCGCCACAACGGUACCGGUGGUCGCUCCAUCUACGGUGAGAAGUUCGCCGAUGAGAACUUCAUCUACAAGCACACCAAGCCCGGUAUCCUCUCCAUGGCCAACGCUGGUCCCAACACCAACGGCUCCCAGUUCUUCAUCACUACCGUCGUCACCUCUUGGCUCGAUGGCAAGCACGUCGUCUUCGGCGAGGUUGCCGACAACGAGUCCAUGCAGAUCGUCCGUGAGGUCGAGGCUCUCGGCAGCAGCUCCGGUGCCGUUCGCAGCAACAUCAAGCCCAAGAUCGUUGCUUGCGGUGAGCUGUAA